AUGGCAACCGCUCAGACAACGUCAAGGAAGAAAACUGUUCUGACGAUCAAAGAAAAAUAUCUUGCUUUGAAAGAGCUUGAAAAAGAAGGAACAACUAAAAAGUCUAUUGCUAAAAAGUAUGGUGUCCCACCUAACACACUUUCAUACUGGGUUAAGAAUAAAAGUGACAUUUUUACCAAGUAUGAAUCAGGCCAGUAUGGAGUUAAAAGACAAAAGCUUUCUUCCGGAAAAUACGAUAACAUUGAUAAAGCAGUUUACAAGUGGUUCGUUAACGCUCGUGAAAGAACUGUGCCGAUUAGUGGUCAAAUUAUUCGAGAAAAAGCAUUGGAUUUUGCAAAGCAAUUCAACGAACCUGAUUUUAAAGCUUCAGAAGGCUGGCUAGACAGAUGGAAGUACAGACAAAACAUCAUUUACAGAAUUAUUUCUGGAGAGGAAAAGUCUUGUACACCAGGGAUGACAGCAAGCUGGGAAGAAACACACCUGCCAACCAUUUUGUCACGCUAUGAUUUACAAGACAUUUUCAAUGCUGAUGAAUUCGGCUUGUUCUACCAGAUGCUUCCAACAAAUACCUAUCAUGCCAAAGGUGAAAGAUGUGCUGGUGGAAAGUUCAGCAAAGUUCGUUUAACAGGACUUGCCGCAGGAAAUGCCUUAGGUGAAAAGUUGCCCAUGUUCGUUAUCGGAAAAUCGGUUACACCGCGCUGUUUCAAAGGAGUCAGAAGUCUUCCCUGUCAGUACAAAGCUCAAAAGAAGGCCUGGAUGGAUUCUGAAAUCUUUACCGAUUAUGUGAAAAAACUCGAUGUUAAAUUUGAAACUGCGGGUCGAAAGAUUGUCUUGAUAAUUGACAAUUGCCCAGCUCAUCCAGAAGUCACUGGUCUUAAAGCAGUAGAAUUAGUUUUUCUACCACCAAAUACAACGUCUAAGACCCAGCCCAUGGAUCAAGGUGUAAUCCGAGCAUUGAAGGCAUAUUACCGGUCAAAUCUUGUGAAACGUCAAAUAAAGUUCAUUGACGGCGGUAAAGAGGUCCCUAAAAUUAACAUUCUUGAAGGGAUGCAAAUCUUGGUCAAAUCAUUAAAAACCGUUAAAAACUGCUUUAAGAAGGCAGGCAUCUCAAAAGAAGCACAGAUCACGAGUCUCAAUGAUGCUGAUGACCCAUUUAAAUCUCUUUCUGACAGCAUAAGCGAGUUGAAAAAAAGAGAAGUUGACGGCGACAUCUUUAACGCAGAUGAUUUUGUGGAUAUUGAUUUUGAGGUAUGCACGAGUAAAUCAAUUGAAUUGACUGAUGAGGAAAUCGUGGAAAUCGUACUUAAUGAGGACAAAGAUCAAAACGCGCCGAAUCUCGAAGAUGACGAUGAUGAUGAAAUUGAGGCACAUGACAUCCCCCCGAAGAAGCCAAAGCAGUCAGAGUUGGAAGAGGCCUUAGAAUUGUUGGAAAGAUGGUCUUUGUUUGACGAGAAUGGUCUUGAAAUCAGAAAGCAGUUAAAUAUGAUAACACGUACAUGUCAAAAACACUACAUCGAUAAAAAUAUAACUAUGCAUGGUGACAUGCCUGUUGCCACAUAA